AUGGGGUGUGCACAUUGUGCUUCUGAGAAAAGCCAACCAAGCAGUAUGUAUCCAGCAGACUGUGUGCCAAGAUUUCAGCUUCGAAGCAUGAAGCAUAAUGGCCAGCAGCAGCACCGCCACCCAGGACGAUUUCGUGGUGGUGUGGAUGAGAAGUACAAACUCGUAAGGAAGAUCGGGGCUGGCUCCUUCGGUGACAUCUAUCUGGCCAUCAGCGUCACCAAUGGCGAGGAGGUGGCGGUGAAAUUAGAGCCCAGGAAGGCCAGGCACCCGCAGCUGCUGUACGAGAGCAAGCUGUAUAAGAUCCUUGAGGGCGGGGUGGGCAUCCCCCGCAUGCGGUGGUACGGGCAGGCAAGAGAGUACAACGCGCUGGUCACCGACCUUCUGGGGCCCAGCCUGGAAGAUCUCUUUAACCUGUGCUCCCGGAGGUUUACCAUCAAAACUGUGCUCAUGUUAGCUGAUCAGAUGAUCUGUAGAAUCGCAUAUAUGCAUAGAAAGAACUUUAUACACCGAGACAUCAAACCCCAGAACUUCCUCAUGGGCAGCAGACGUCACUGUAAUAAAUCUUCUGAAACAACAGGAAAGACGAAAAGGAGCAGCACGGCUGCAAGUACUUCCCAGAGCACAUCUUUAUCAGCAUUAAAGCAGCUAUUCCUUAUUGAUUUCAGUUUGGCCAAAAAGUACAAAGACAACAAGACAAAGCAACACAUACCAUACAGAGAAGAUUUAAACCUUACAGGGACCGUCCGAUAUACUAGCAUCAAUGCGCAUCUGGGCAUUGAACAGAGUCGCCGGGACGAUAUGGAAUCCUUAGGCUAUGUCCUCAUGUAUUUUAAUAGAAGCAGCCUGCCAUGCCUCGGCUUCUUUUAUGAGCUUCAGACCUGUGUAUCAGGUUACUGA